GAAGAGUGUUGGACGGGCAUCGCGCGAGAGCUCGACGACUGGUGGCCUCGCAGCGAAGGUCGCUUUGUCGCGGAGCGAGAGAGUGUGGGCGCGCGCGACACAGCGAGCGAUGGCAGGGUCGAGGCAGGGCCAAGGCAGGGUACGUGAGGGCAAGGGCGAGGUGAUAGAGCAGGUCUCAUGAAGCGUACACCUGUGGACACAGCCAUGGUCACUUGUCAUGUGGUGGUACAAGGUUGGGAGCGUCAAGCACUGGCUUGAUGCAGUGGCGGAAUUCUACGAGGAGGAUCGCUCUUGGCACCACGUUCCUCAGACCCUCGUAGUUUAAGAAACUGUUUCUGGAACCAGUUCGUUUCGUUAAGCUCAGAUCGCGUAGCCGUCGUCUUCUCUCCAUGACGGAAAGAAAUUUGUGAAUAGGUUAAGUUCACUACAGUUGCAGCUUCAGUUGCGAUGAGCGUAGUGAGGUUGAUUGGUUUUGACGGCGCCGCGAGAGGUUUGGUGUGGUUUUUGCUCAAGUGACAUGCUCUGCCCUCGACUGGUGAAUUUCGCCACACGUCAAGGCCACUACAACUCGACAUGCUCUCGUGGGUUGUGAGCAAGACUUUGGACAGCGUGUACAAUCGUUCGGACGGAAAGGCCGAAGGUAGCGCAAGUUGAAAUAAACGGAGAGUUGCAGUGCGACGCCGGAGUCGGGUGGGAAGUGGUGCGUUUGAGGAGGUUGGGUGAGGAGCUGUAGGAACGGACACGUGUUGGAGUAAGGAGAAGAACCUGAUGUUGCAAUCCUGUCUGCCUUACAAGCCAGUCAUGUGGAAUGACCUCUUCAGUGGGGCAGACCACAACUUGUCGAAGUCCUGUGUGGCACAGCAGCCGACCUCCACCUUGCCAACCACGUUUCCAGGACGGGAAGGCACGAGCGGCAAGGAUGGCGUGAGGAGCGAGGCGUUUUCAAUGGGGAGCAUGGACGUGGGGGUCCUGAUGGCGGAUCCGUACACGGAGGAGGAUGUGGAGAUUCUGGCAACGGGGUGCAACUUCCCGGCAUACGAUGCGGAGGAGGCGGAGGAAGAGCUGCCGCUGUUCGGGUAUGCGAGCGAGGUUGUGAAACCAGGGUACAGCUGGGAGCCGUGCUUCGGGAAUCUGGAGGAUGUGGACGAUCUGCUGAGCUCGGGACCGGAGUCGUGUUUCGGGGCAGCAGCCGGCGGAGGCGAGAAGGCAGAGAAUGGCGUGCAAGUGCGUCAUUCGGAAUCACGGUCAUGGAGCGAGCGUGGUGGAGCGGCGGAAGGGGUGGUGGAUGGCGCACUGGUGGGAAUGAGCGCGGAAGUGGUCGGAGGCGGCGGCGGUGGAGUUGCAGUGAGAGGCGAAGACGAGAAGGGCGAGGCGGGGAGGAGAAGGGCGGAAUGCGGGGAGGAGCGAUGGGGCGGUCCAGCAUCAGUGGCGCGGUGCAUAGCGAGGCAGUGCGUGCUGGACGGGGAGGGUAUGGGUGCAGAUGCGGUGUCGUCGACGAUGACCGGGGACGGUUGCGUGAGCAUGGACACGUCGGGAGACGGGUCGCCUUGCGUUGUGCGGUCGGAGUUGGAAAAGGCCAGCAUCGCUCAGGCUCAGAGGGCGAGACGGCACGCCGCGAGCCGGAAGCGGAUGGAAGAGAGAGCGAGGCGGCAGGUGUGCCAGCGGAAGGCGUUGCAGGGGACAGGUCGGUGGGGGAGUUUUCAGGCAGCACAAGCGCACAUGCUGCAAGCGAUGCCAGGGCCGUUGAUUCCACAGGCGGCGCGGCUGAGCGCGCCAUCGCUGGCGGCGAUUCAUGGGUACGCAGCUCCGCGGUCGAAGCUGUCACCGAUGCAGUCGGCGAUGAGGCCCGGGCCUCCAUUCAUGCAGGGGGGGUAUGGUCCGGUGGGGGCGAUCCGUCAGUUUCAGGCGGCGGCGCCCGCGGCGCAGAUGCAGUUCGUGGGGUACCAGCCACCGUCUCCGUUCCAACCCGCGAUGGGGGUGCCGCAUCCGGAGUUCCGGCUGCGGGUACCGGUGGAUUCGAGGAGUCGUGCAUCGGGUGGGAGCAGCGGGGACAUGACGAGGGAGGAGAAGGUGGAGAAACUGCGGUACUUGCGGGGGAUGCAGACCGGACGGGUGGCGGUGGAACCGCACCAUUCGGGGAUGGAUUGGAGCUACAUCACUGCUACGUUAAUGUAG